CUCCUCCUCCUCCUUAAACACUCAUCGUAGCUCUGUGGAUAUGAACCGGUCAGCCUUCCUAUUCAAGCUGUUCUGCUUGCUGAUAUGCCUGCUGCCCAUACUGCAGGCAUGUCCCCAGAACUGUCACUGCCAUGGUGGAGAUCUCCAUCAUGUCAUUUGUGACAAUGUUGGACUGAGAAAGAUUCCCAAGGUAGCCGAACAGACACGGCUCCUCAAUCUCCAGAGGAACAACUUCCCUGUCUUGCCAACCAAUGGUUUCAGAGAUUUGAGAAAUCUUGUAUCGCUCCACCUCCAACAUUCCCACAUCAAAGAGAUUUCCAGUGGAGCCUUUCGGGGUCUGAAGCAAUUGGUCUAUCUUUAUUUGUCUAAUAAUGACAUUAAUGUCAUCAGGAUGGGAGCCUUUGAUGACCUGAUAGAACUUACGUACCUCUACAUAGACCAUAACAAGAUUGCUGACUUACCCAAGGGACUCCUCUCACCAAUGAUUAAUCUUUUCAUCCUGCAACUAGGCAGCAACAAGCUCAGAGAGCUGAAAUCAGGAGUCUUCCAUGGCACCAAGGAUCUUCGCUGGCUCUAUCUGUCAAACAACUCAAUCUCUUCUAUCCAGCCAGGAGCACUGGAUGAUGUGGAAAACUUGGCUAUAUUCCACUUGGAUAAGAACCAAUUGACCAGCUACCCACUUUCUGCAAUGAGCAAGCUGAGGGUGGUGGAGGACCUGAAGCUAUCACACAACUCAAUUAAAGUCAUUCCAGACUUAGCCUUCCAGUCUUUUGGGCGCUACAUGGAGACCCUCAGCUUGGACAACAUGGGCCUAGAAAAGUUUUCAGAUAAAGCAUUUGCCGGCACAACCACACUGAAGACUGUUCACAUUGAGAAUAACAAACUUUCCAGUCUUCCUGGAAGCUUUCCCUUCAACCGCCUUGAGACACUCACCUUGUCCAAUAACCCAUGGCACUGUUCCUGUCAGCUAGCACCUCUACGCAGGUGGCUGGAAUCCACCCGCUCACGCCCUGAUGCAGCCUGUGCCUCACCCUCUCAGGCUCGAGGACAGCAGAUUCGAGACACAGCGGCACUCCGUGGCUGCAAACUCCCCACUAGGAGGUCUAAGAAGGGAAGUCGACAUUAAACAGGACCUGGGAAAGCCAGUCCAGGCGACUGGCCACUUCAACUAAUCAGAAAACUACUGAUUCCUUCCAAGCCUUUCAUCUUAAAGCGUCUCCUUUCCAUCAAGGAAUAUUUCAUUUAUCCAAUCACAUCUAUGUUCUGCCAAGUGCGGAUUGCAAGGUGGAAUCUACCAUUCCAUUUGCCUCACCUCUGUUAUUCCAUGUAUUAUUUUAAAAGAUAAGGUUUUUUUUAAUGUAAACUAUGCAUGACAUUGCUAAAACAAGCUAAUCUAGUUCCUGCUGGUAAAAUACAGUCAUCUCUCCUGAUACCAUUCAGUUUUUCACUUUGUUACCAGGAUUUCCUUUCCUAAAUGCUGAGAACUGACAAAGGAACAUAAAACAUUUAUCUACAAUCCUGGUCCCGCAGAUCCAUGACUCUUCUGUUGGAAGUAUAUAUAUGUACUCAAAUUCAGUCUGCAGCCAAAAACCUAUGCAUUUUGAGCAGAAUCUAUAGGGUAAGAGAUGUCAUUAUCUCUUGCAAGUACUGAUCACAAAGUGGUAUGUCCUCUUUCUAUGGUUAUAAAUCGCCAGGCAGAAAACUGCAAUGGUUGUCAGUCAGCAGGAGGCAAGCAAUGAGACAGCGAUAGUAAACUUUUAAAAAUGUGUGGCUAAAAUUCAAAGUGAUAAGAUUGAAGGAAGAAGAAACUGCAUCAAACAUCCAUUAAGUAAUUUACAGAUGCAAAUUAUCCUAAACCAGGAAGACCGGAGAGGGACACUGUGGAUCUUUGGCUGAGAUUUUUCACAGUCUGAUCACCACAAUGUCAGGGGUGCUUUGAAUGGAUUGGGGUUGGACUGGAUGGCCCGCGAGAGCUCUUCCAACUCUAUGAUUUUAUGGUUUUAUAUCUCAGUAAACUUGGAACUCAGUUAAAAGAUGAAAAUGCAGAUGGAGAAAGCGCAGACUUAAAGUAAUUUUUAUAGACUACCUACAAUGCCUAUGUUACCUCACUUCCACAACCCUCCCCCAAGACAUCCAUUCAAAAUAACCAAAUAACCACAACCAAUAACCAAUACACAAACAGAAAACAUAACCCUUGAGAAUGGGGGUUACUGGUGGUCCUUUGGCCGUACUUAGAAAACUUGGUUGACUCCUCACUUUUAAAGAGUCGAGACAGGGUUUUUCCUCCUAUUUCAAAAUAGAUCCCACCUGGAACUGGAAAAGAUAUGGAUGAGCUAAGGUUCUCCCAAACAGUGAAAUGGCCAGGAGUAUCUCCAUUCCUAGAGUCCUUAAGAUGGUGGUGGUUGUGGUGGUGGAAAGCACACCAAUUGUGGGUGAUUGGCCUAUCACAUGUGGGUGGGCAGUGCUCAUCCUUGGAUUAAAGCAUGGAUUCUGUAAGUAUAGACAUGCCCAAGGCUGCUAUCUUUCUGAGCUCAUUCUUAGACAGAGACCUGACAGAAUCACACCUGAAUGGAGGCUGUGUGAUUGUGGGUCGGUGCUCUUUUGAAGCACCAGGCCUGACUAGUCUAAAAACAAAUUAAAAACUAAAUUAAGAUUUGACCCUCUAGGGCAGAGGUUCUCAAUCUGUGGGUUCCCAGGUGCUUUGGCCUACAACUUCCAGAAAUCCUGGCCAUUUUACCAGCUGUUAGGAUUUCUGGGAGUUGAAAGCCAAAACUUAUGGGAGCCCACAGGUUGAGAACCACUGCUCUAGGGCGCCUUCCACACAGCUGUAUAAAAUCCACAUUGAACUGGAUUAUAUGGCAGUGUGGACUUGGAUAAUCCAGUUCAAAGCAAAUAUUGUGGAUUAUCUGCCUCGAUAUUCUGGUUAUACGGCUAUGUGGAAGGAUCCUAAGUGCUGUUAGAUUGCAAUUCCCAUUUGCCCUAGCUAGCACAGCCAGAGCAGGAGUUGAUGGAUAUUAGGCCCCACUCUCUGUAUCUUUGAAGUUUAAGACUAUCUGCCAAAAUGGAUUCCCCCUGGCAAGUAGCAGUUUUCAAGGUCUGGAAUCAAUUAGAAUCUGAGGGUUGUGUGGAAACAUUCUCCAAGUGAUUGUAAUCACACAAAAAGGACACUUUAAGAUAUUCUGAUCUUUUACCAAAAUGCCCAAAAAUUCACAGCCUCAAAAGGUAGUUGUGUUAUUUCUAGGCUGCAUUGGCAAAGUCACGUGGGGUAAAAUGUUUGGAGAGUCUGGCUGAUGCCCCUUUUGUAUUGAGAGUGCAUCUUGAGCAUCCUCUCAAAACAUAUGCAAAAAUGGCAAUCUGAGUUAGAAUCCCAAUAUGUAGCCCAUUACCCAAGACUGGGAAACCUAUAACCUCCCAGAAGCUGAUGUCCAAUUAGCAUUAGCCUAAGGGCCCUUCCUCACAGCCAUAUCAUCCAGAAUAUCAAGGCAGAAAAAUCCCACAAUAUCUGCUUUGAACUGGGUUAUCUGAGUCUACACUGCCGUAUAUUCCAGUUCAAAGCAGAUAAUGUGGGAUUUUGUUCAGCUGUGGAAGGGGCCUAAGACAGCCUGGCCAAUAGUGAGAGACAAUGGAAGCAGCAACCCAUCAACAUCUGGAGGACCAAAGGUUCCCCAUCCCGGCAUAGAAACUUUGAAGAUCUUGGCCCUAGAAAGGAACAACGGAGAUUAGAAGAAAGCAGGUAAGGCUCACUACCUGGCAUCCUGGGAAAUGACCCCAUUACCAUCUAUGUGCCAGAAAAUUUGGCUGUAGGCAGCAAGAUGACUGUGGUUUAUCAUCGUGGAUUUUACAAUACCACAACUUCAAUUUAACUGCAUUUUUAAUCCUAAAGAUUUAUAUAAAUAUAUAAUAUUUAUUCCUUUGUUACCAAAUGUAAAUGACUCCUAAGAGGAUCUUUUUUCAAAAUUAAAAAUUCCUCUUACUCUUAUGUAGAAAACAAAUGGUAUAUUUUCUUAUGUACAACUUCUGUAUAAAGCUCUUGUUGCAAAGAUGAAA